GGAUGAUUGAUCAGAGGCGGUGCCUUCCCUUUCAAACCUGUUUGUACCUUACCUAGUACGUGCUACGCAUGUGUCCCUUCCUCGAAUCAUCUACCCGUAGUAAGUAGAAUCUAGAAGCCAGGAACAAUUUUGGAAGCAGCAGUGGCCACUCAUGAUACAGUAGGCUAUUUGGAAGCUACCUAGUCUGCUAGACCAUAGAUAUUUAAAUCAUAAUAUAAGGUCCCUGCAUGCCAUCGUCUGUCUACUUCUCUCUCACAUACAUUUAUUGAACCUAAAUACCUCUAUUAACCUAUCGGAUACUUUGAAUCCUUAAUCCUUUUUUUAGACUGGAACAGAACCCCUCCUUACUAUAGAGGACCCCGCCCUUUUCGCUCCAGUUAACAAGAGAACAAGACUAUCAGUCGAUUACUCCAUCCCUCCUGUACCUCAUUUUCGAUAAAUUGAUAUCACAUCAUAUCACAUCGCCAAGUCAAAUCUGUACGCAUGGCAGAUUUCGCACCACCUACGGGUCCGCCGCCCCCUAAGGUACCGGCAGGUUGGGUCGCCCGCUGGAACGACCAGUACAGCGAAUGGUUCUACGUCAAUUCGUUUACCAAGAAAUCGCAAUGGGAGAAACCCACCGAGCCCGCUCUCGACCCCAACGCCCAAGGCGGCAUGCCUCCAGGCCCUCCUCCGGGAUAUUCCCCUGGCUCCGGCCCUACGCCUAGCGAUUCGAAAUCCGCGACCGGUCACAACAACCCCUUCAUCAACGAAUCCACGAAACCCGGAUCUAGCUCCCACGUUGACGAAGACGCCGAUGCGCGAUUAGCGCGGCAACUGCAAGAGGAAGAGAACGCCCGCGGUGCAGGAGGAGGUGCCGCGGCAUCGUACGCUAGCACCCCGGUUCCAGGCGGCCAUUCGCCAUACCCAGAUCAGUUACCCGCGAGAGGAUCCGGCGGCGGUACCACCGAUAAGGCAAAGGGCCUUUUAGGGAAGUUCUUCGGCAACAAGAACAAGCAGCAGGGUGGUGGAUACGGCGGAGGAUACGGUGGCGGCGGAUAUUCCGGACAGCAGUAUCCUCCCCAGCAACAGUACGGUGGUUACGGAAGCCCCGCACCCCAACAGGGAUACUACCAAAGCCCCCCGCCUCAAGGCCAAUACGGCGGCUACGGCGCGCCUCCCCAGCAAUACGGUGGUUAUGGCGGUUACCCUCAGCAAAACCAGGGCGGGUACUAUGGCGGUCAGCAAGCUGCGCCGAAGAAGUCCGGCGGUAUGGGAGCGGCCGGAGGAGCGGCACUGGGUCUGGGCGCUGGUUUGAUCGGAGGUGCGUUAAUCGCUGAUGCGAUUGGCGAUCACGAGGAGCAUGAGGCGUACCAGGAUGGUUAUCAAGAUGGUCAGGACAAUGAUUUCGGCGGUGGAGACUUUGGCGGCGACUUCUAAGCUUGAAACUCUGUGAUUAAAGUCAUGGGAUUUUAAGAGUGUGUUUAUAUUGCGAUAUGACUUUUUAAACUUCUACCACCGUAUGCAUACUUCAUAGGGAGAGAUGGGGGGAGGAAGAGGGAGGGAGACGAACGGGUUAGACUGGAGAUUCAAGAAAGGAGAGAAGAGAUAUGGAUACAUUGAAUUAUGAAUGAUAUGAACCCGAACCAGAAGCAUAAAUGGAUAUGAGAAAUGAAAUAAGAAAGGAGACAGAUGCUAGGUAAAUGUGACAUUUCGGGUUAGGUCUAGCAUAGUGUAUCUGUGGAUAGGCUUUACAACACAACUCUGUUCGUCA